AUGGUCCUCCGCCUCCGCCUCGCCCGCAUACGCACCCCCGGCGGCUCCCGCCGCCACCACCCUCAAUACAAUAUCGUACUCGCCCACGCGCGUACCGCCCGCGACGCCAAACCCCUCGAAGUCCUCGGCACCUACAACCCGAUCCCGCAGAUGCCCGUGGGUGCAGAGCCAGGCGAUCGCAAGCAGAAGGAUGUCAAGGUUGAUGUGAGUAGGACGAAGUAUUGGUUGGGGGUUGGGGCGCAGCCGAGUGAUACUGUUUGGAGGUUGAUGGGUAUGAUUGGCUUGAUGCCGCCGAAGUACCUGCCUACUGGAGAGCAAACACAAAAUGCACUUAAGGCUGUACGGUUUCCAACACAUGUUUCUCCUGAGGAGAAGCGGGAGGCGCGAUGGAACCGGGAACGAUCGAAGGGCCCUAUCAUGAAGGCCAUGGAAGAGAAUGCGGGGAGGAGUAGAGAGGGCGAAGUCACGGGUGUUGGCAAUACCAGUCCACAGGAUCCGAACAAGGCGUGA